AUGCCGAAGGGGCGGCGCGGAUGCCACAGCCCCACCAUGAGCCAGCGGCCGGCGCCGCCCCUCUACUUCCCGUCCCUGUACGACCGCGGCAUCUCGUCGUCGCCGCUCAGCGACGUCAACAUCUGGAAGAAGCUCUUCGUGCCGCUCAAGGCGGGCGGGCCGGCGGGAGGCCGGCCCUUGCCGCAGGCGCCCCCGGCCCCGGCGCCCCCGGGGCCGCCGCCGCCGCCGCCGCCCCCGGGCCUGGGCCCCCCGAGCGAGCGCCCCUCCGGGCCCCCGCCCUGGCCCUCCGGCCUGGCCUCCAUCCCCUACGAGCCUCUGCGCUUCUUCUACUCGUCGCCGCCGCCGGGCUCCGAGCUGGCCGCCGCCGCCGUCCACAGGUUCUCGCACCCCGACGAGCUGUGCGAGCUGGAGAUCCGCAUCAAGGAGCUGGAGCUGCUCACCAUCACGGGCGACGGCUUCGACUCGCAGCGCUAUAAAUUCUUGAAGGCGCUGAAGGAUGAAAAAUUACAAGGACUGAAGACUAGGCAGCCUGGAAAGAAGUCAGCCUCUCUCUCCACCAGGGCCUAG